CAAUCAUGUCCCUGUCGCCUAAAACAGUGACAAGCAUACCUGCGAUUGCCAGAACUCAUACAAUGCCCAGCAGCACACCUGCAACAACACAGACCAAUGUGAUGAUCACAACCUUCAACCAUACCAGAUCCACAAGUCCUGAUGGAGCAUCCCAAAGUCCAGCAACAUCUACAGCAACGACAGUGCCGAGCGCCACACAAUCCUCAACCGUGGAAAACCGACCCCUGACGACAACCAAUCCAGACACGAGCCUGUCCACACUUGGAAAUAGCACAAGUGUGACCACAGCAACUCAAAGCGCAACCAAAUCCACAACCAGCGCAGUCCCGAGCAACGCAAUGGCAAGGGCAAGCACAGCAAUGGCCGCCACAACCCAAAACGUAAAUACAACCAUGUCCCAGACGCCUGAAACAGUGAAAAGCGUACCUGCGAUUUCCAGAACUCAUACAAUGCCCAGCAGCACACCUGCAACAGCACAGACCAACGUGAUCAUCACAACCUUCAACCAAACCAGAUCUACAAGUCCUGAUAGCGCAUCCCAAAGUCCAGCAACAUCUACAGCAACGACGGUGCCAAGCACCGUGCAAUCCUCAACCGUGGAAAACAGACCCUUGACUACACCUACUCCAGACACGAGCCUGUCCACACUUGGAAGAAGCACAAGCGUGACCACGGCAAAUCAAAACGCAACCAAAUCCUCAACCAGUGCAAUCCCGAGCAUUGCAAUGGCAACGGGAAGCACAGCAAUGGCCGCUACAGUCCAAAAUGUAAAUACAACCAUGUCCCUGACGCCUGAAACAGUGACAAGCAUACCUGCGAUUUCCAGAACUCAUACAAUGCCCAGCAGCACACCAGCAACAACACAGACCAACGUGAUGAUCACAACCUUCAACCAAACCAGAUCCACAAGUCCUGAUGGAGCAUCCCAAGGUCCAGCAACAUCUACAGCAACAAUGGUGCCGACCACCACACAAUCCUCAACCGCAGCAAACAGACCCCUGACUACAGCCACCCCAGACACGAGCCUGUCCACACUUGGAAAAAGCACAAGCGUGACCACGGCAACUCAAAACGCAACCAAAUCCGCAACCAGCCCAAUCCCAAACACUGCAAUGGCCGCCACAGCCCAAAACAACUCAUACAAUGCCCAGCAGCACACCUGCAACAACACAGACCAAUGUGAUGAUAACAACCUUCAACCAUACCAGAUCCACAAGUCCUGA